GGUAUAUGGAGUAUGCAUAAAAUUAUUUAUCGAACGAACAAAAUUACAGAUUCCACCGCAGGCUAUGGCCUGAAAAUUAUAACUGAUUAAAUUGAAUGAUAAAAAAAUGCAUUAUAAAUAUUUAACUGAUAUAUUUGAAAUUUCUAUAAUACUUCUAGAAACUUCUUAUAAUAACAAUGAUGAUCUUGUCUGGACUCUUCCACCGUAGACGUGUAUUCUUCGUUUCUUGCAACAAUGUAUUUGGCCGUUACGCGUAGUCGAGACUAUUUUGUGACGUCGUCUACAUUCCUGCUUCGAAGUCUUAUGCGAGUAGCAAAGAUUCUCCUAUUCUCUCGAAUUUUCCAUAGACUGAUAGGGUUAGCCAAUAGAAAAUUGAUAUUUACCCCACAGUACGAAAUCCCGUCGGGAGCGAGAAGAGUCAAGAGUUCUUAUUGGAGUGCUUGAUGGCAAGGGAUGAGACAACAGGCCAAUCAUUGAGCAGAGGUCUAUUUUUCGGACUGAAACUUGACAUCUGGCAAUCUGACCAGGUCGUGGUGAAAAGUGGAUCAGUCGCUUGUGAGCUCUAAUAUGGUUUAGAGUAAGAACGUAAGAUAUAUUUAGAUCGACAUCGUGAUCGAAGCUUUUGGAUGAUUUAUAAUUUUUUAAAAUCAUUUUCUACACUGGUGAUUUAACGCGUUUAAGUAUCAUUGACGAUCUUGGUGAAAGUGAAAAUUGAGUGUAUAUCAAAAAUAUUGAAGCGAAAAAUGAAGAAAGAUAUCAAGGAGAUUCGUGACACAGGAACAGUGAUCGAUCAGGAUUCUGAUCCAGGUACGAGAGACGAACUAAAAGAGUCAUUAGAGAACGAAGAUCAAAUUUGUGAGAAUAUAAAAUCUCGUGGAUCGAAUAAAAAGCAGUCAGAUAAAAAAAAUAAUCGAAAAAACCGAUCAAUCAAUCGAUCUACCAAUGAUCGUUCUAUGAAUCUGGCUGCUCAAAUAGAAACCAGCAGGCAGGUACUUCAGUUGAUGACAGAUUCGAAUUUUACAAUAACGCAAAUAAACGGUCAGAGAAAACUGGGUGGUCCACCUCCUGGAUGGGCAGGGGACGCACCUGGUGCUGGAUGCGAAGUUUUUGUUGGGAAAAUACCGAGAACUAUAUACGAGCAUGAAAUUUAUCCAGUUUUCCGUGCAAUGGGUGAGGUCUAUGAAAUUCGUCUGAUGAUGGAUUUCUCAGGUACAAAUAGAGGCUACUGCUUCGUUAUGUUUGCGAAGCCAGAAUAUGCACGUCGGGCGAUUCGAGAGCUUGACAAUUUUGAGAUACUUCCUGGACGUCGAAUUGGCGUGGUCGCCAGUAUUAAUAAUUGUAGGUUGACAAUAGGUUAUCUACCACCUAACGUGGACAGCAAAGUCGUUAUCAAAAAGCUCUACACUAUCACCGAUGACGUCGAAAAGGUAGCUGUCUACAGGAAUUCGAACGGACAAGCAAAAUUCGCUUUGGCUUCUUACAAAACGCACAGAGGAGCUGCCAUGGCUAGAAGAAGAUUGGUACCAGAACGUAGUACCUUAUUUGAAGGUUCGGAGGUCAGCGUGGAUUGGGCUCAUCCUGCUGUUUUCCCUUCGAAUGUGAUUGAAGAGAGAGGAAUUUGCGACGAGCGGGGAAAUGUUCUUCUCACCACCACUAUCGUCGGUACCGAAGCUAAACGAUGUGAGAAUCGACGACGACCUCGUGAUGAAUAUUUGGAACAGAAAAUAAGAAGAUAUAUUAAGGAUGGACGAUCACCAGUUCUCUUUAAUAAGCAGAACAGAACACAAGAUACUUCAUCGAAGAGUCAAGAGGAAGAAAUCAAUGAUGAAUUGAACAUCGAUUGUUCACUGGAUUGUUUGGAUAAUUUUCAGAUUAGCGAAGCCGAAUGGUUUCAGAUUCAAGAGAAGAAUUCAGAGCAUGCGGAUGUUGAGAAUCAUUGUCAAGUAGAGAAUAAUGAUUCUUUGAAUCUUUUUGAUAAAUACACUUUCAUGGAAAUGCCAGCAUCAGGAAAUGCGUCUAAUCAGAUUGAGAAUUUGUCUAAUUAUAAGAGUCUCGAGAGUAAGUCGGAUGGAGAUAUCAUAAAAUAUCAAAAUAUGGAAAAUCAAGAAAAGUCUAAUGGCUUUGAUGAAUGUGGAAAAUGGAAUUCUGCAGAUAGCUUUAUACCACGAUUCCCCCCACAAUCCUAUAUAAAAUCAGGCACGAAUAAUCCUGACAUACAAUCGCAUGUAAAUAAUUUGGCCGGAAAUAUUAAGAAUGGUUUAAAGAAUAAAAAUUAUAGACAGGCUUUUCUUGAGUUUCUAUUGAACGAUGCUAAAAAUGAUAGACAUACUCAUCAGCAAUAUCCAGUAACUGUUUUAAUGAACAAUGGAAAGAAUGAUAUUCCGUUGAUUCCCAGCAAUUCAAUGUACAAUCCAAAUAUGAUUCAAAAUCUUCAUAUUCAAGAUCAAGCACCACACGUAUUAUCAAAUAUUAAUACUAAUUUCAUUGCCUGGAAUCAAAAUAAGCACCAAGCCAGUAACGUUGCAUUCACAAAUGUCUUAUGUGGUUGUCAGAAUUACACUAAACCAUUUGCUGGUUUAACCUUUAAUUAUUCUAAUCAAACUAACAAUUUAUUACCAGCACUGGAUAUUGGUUAUAUUCCAAGAAAUCAUUCUCUUAUAAAUGCUCCUAUUCCAAUUAUCCCAUUGAAAUACGAGUCCCCAGUGCUUACUUGCAGCGACACAAGUCAAUUCCUUAACAAUUCACAGUCAGCACUUUUUGCUGAUAAUGCAGUUCCAAAAGGUGCCAGGCCUAUUCUUAAUAGAACAUAUGUCUAAUUAAAAACCAAAAAUCAUUAAACUCUAGCUCCUUGGGCCGGAGGCAUACGUAUUUUUUUAUUGUAUAUCGCACAUACGUAUAUUGUCAUUAUUCAAGUAGGUAACAAUGUUUGUUCUUACUAUUAUCAGAAUAUUAUUGCCCUCACUAUAUCGUAAUCUUUUAAAUAAGAAAGAUACAAAAACUGUACCAUAAACUUAUUUGUACUUUUAUAUAAUCUAUAUGUCCGACUAAUUUUCUAUCUACUUGAUAACCAUUGAACCUUAUUACCUCUCUUGUACUCUAAUGACGUCCUAAUAAUGAAAUGACAUACGUAAUAAAGAAUGAAAUAAUUUUUUUCUAUGCCAACUAAUUGCUAUCAUUAAAGAGUUCCAAUAUAUCAUAUACACAGUCGAAUUCCAGCAAUAUUGCUAUUAAAAUUGUCUCAGUCACCAGCUGGCUUUGAUCGCAAACGACUUGGAGACUGAAAAUUGUAAAAUUUAUUAGUUUAUUUAAGAUAUUUUCUUUUUACUUUACUCACAGAGACUUGAGGUCGACCACACAUUGCGCAAUAUCCACUCCACGUCUGAUAAGGCUUUAUAAAAAGGAACAAUUGUUAAUUAUUCUGUAAUGUUAAUCGAUUCUUUAUAUUUAUAAAUCACAAAAUACCCUGGGAACGCA